AUGUCUUGGAAAUCACUGUACAUCAUUUUUGUCCGAGUUUGCAACACCGGUACCUGGGACUCUCGCAUAGUGCUUGAGGGCCCUGUACAAGAUGCAGUGCCCUUUGGAGAGCCAGCUGCACUACGACUGGUGGAUGGACCCACAACUGCUGUAGGGAGGGUGCAGGCCAAGCACGGCAACACAUGGAGAUCUGUCUGCACAAAUUCACGCAACUGGACAGCGGCAGAUGUAUCAGUUGCAUGUCGACAACUGGGAUUUAGUGAUGGAGGUGCUUGGUGGAGAUGGAUGGAAGCAGAGCCGAGCUGGCUGCUGGGUCCUAGACCGAGGAUGUUACUCGAGCAGCCUAUGUGUGCAGGCACUGAGACACAGCUGCAAGACUGUGCGGGCUGGGCUCAGCGGCGCAUUGGUGCUGGAACAUGUGAUUUUCAUCCGGACCUAGCAAUAAGCUGUUCACCAGUGCUUGACCCAGCUGUAGUAACACAACAUUGGGAAGGGCUGCACUUUGAAUAUGCCCUUGCCUCAAGAGUACUCACCCAAGAGAAUACAUUAUAUGUAAUGCGAUCGUCAUCACAGCUGUCAUAUGUUGAUAUCAGGUAUGCUGGUGCGGGCCCUAGUGGUGCAGCAUUCUUUGUGAAUGGUGUCCCUCCACAUAUGACAUCUGUUGCUGUUCUCUAUUCAGCCCGUGAUGGUAUCAAUGCUACAAGCUUGGAAGCUCCUCUGCAGCUCAACAACUGCACACUCCAUGGUAACAAAGGUUAUGGUUUGUUUGCAAAUGUGACAUCGGGCAGUGGUGGUCAAGUAUUGCUGGAGAGCUGCACCAUAUCAGAAAAUGGAGGAGACGGAGUACAUUACGUCAGCCAUGAUCCCCGACCUGGCGUGCAGACAGAGGGUAUGGCACAGCUGCAGGCCCAGCCAGACCCUCUCGCUGUAGCACUUGACUUCUGCACUUUGUCCACCACUACGUCACAGAUAUACCCACUUCUUGUACGCCUCGAACAGCCAAAAAAUUCUGUCAGUCAGCGUGACUGCUCCAAGGCAUUUUACACAAAGAUGGGAUAUGUGCUGACUGCUGAAGUGGUUGCUGUGUCAUCUGGCAGUGGGGCAGCACAUAUUUUCCUUCGAGAUGGAUCUGGCUCGGGAGACAACCUGCUAGCUGAUACUUUGUUGCAUCAAGGAUCACUACCUCAGAGCACAGUCACUACUGGUAAUCGCUUGUAUGUCCAGUUUCGGGCUCCAACACGUGAUCCAGUACCGACUGUUGCCUUCCUGAGAGUCACUGCUGGGCGAGAACGUCGAGCUGAUCUUCUCAUUACAAGCAGCACUGUUGCUGACAAUGGAGGAAGUGGCAUUGCAGUAGAUGAAGCACGCUCUGCAGUCAUACUGGGAAGUACCUCAGUGUCUGGUAAUAGUGGCACAGCAGGCCUUCGCAUUAUUGGGGGUGCAGCUGCUGUUAAUGUCUCAAACAGCCGUAUUGCCUUCAAUCGUGGUGAUGGCGUGAAUGUGUCACACUGUGGAGGCAUUGUAAACAUUUCGCGUUCAUCCAUAUCAUCUAACAGUCGUACUGGUCUUUCUGUGUGGCAUGAAAUGGAUCCAGCCUUGAGCUAUACAGGACUGCAACGUACUGUCAUCCUUGAAUAUUCAGAAAUCUUCAGAAACCAAGAGGUUGGUGCUCUCAUUGGAAACUUCUGCAGAGAGUCAUUUGUAAACAUAACAGGCAACUGGUUUAAUGAAAGUAAUACUGUUGCAUUGGAAAUUCUUUCGUGUUGGCAACAAACCAACGGUAUGCUUUGGCUGCAGGUCGGGCACAACACAUUUACUCAUAAUCGUCUUGGUUUCAGAAUAAAUCCACCAGCCAAUAUUGAUGGUCGUAUAGAGUACAACAACUUCCGGCAGCAUGAGUUUGGUGCAAUGUCACUGAGGAUGUCAACUGCCGUACAAGAGCGUCUUGCCGCUCUGCCAGUCCGUCUUCUUGUGGCAAAUAAUUACUUUGAAGAAAACAGGGGAAUGUAUGUUGCAAAUUUGGGGCUCUCCCAGGACAGCAUCAAGCAGCAUCUUCUGUUCACGUGGAAUUUCUUACGGAACAACCACAUCACGGAGCCAUGGGGGCUAGAUCAACCACCUCGUGGAUCUGCAGCUGCAGCUCUCACUGUUGCAUCUGAUAACAUUGACAUAUUCCGCAACAUCUUCCAGAAUCCUGAAUCAGCUUUUGAGAUUGCUAGUCACUUAUCUGAUCAAAGUCGGUCUAUAAACUGCACAUAUAAUUGGCUUGGAAAUGCUAGUGAAGAUGUUAUAUUCUACCGUCUCUUUCACAGGAAGGACCGCUACAAUCUCUCACGACUUCGCUACCUCCCAUAUCUUUUGCAUCCAAGCAACCCUGCAGCAACUGCGUAUGUCAGGCAUCACACGUACAUUGCACCUUUUAUACGUUCAGCGGGCAUUAUUGGGGGAGAAGUGGAUGGUCGUGAGGUCCUAGCAGCUGGGGAAUAUGAAGUGCGUGCUGAUAUCACAGUACGUCCGGGCGGGCUCUUAGAAUUGCGACGUGGAGCCGUUCUACGAUUCCCGCCAGCACUGGGUGUGAUGGUUGCUGGACAGCUGGAGGCUCGUGGGACACGCCCAGGUGAUAUCAGACUAGGAUUACUGGAAGUGGCAGACCCUGUAACUGGACCUGAGACAGACACGGAUGCAGGAAACACACUUGGCACCAUCACAGCUGAAGUAGAUGAAAGUCCAGUUCGACUCCUCGGUGGCAUGACUGAAACAGAAGGGAGGCUUCAGAUACGUGUAAAUGGGACAUGGGGCACUGUGUGCAGUUACGGGUGGACUCAGCGUAAUUCAGUAAUAGUAUGCCGUCAGUUGGGGCUGGCACCGGAUCCUGACGGUUGGCUCAUGGCGCCUGCAGAGUUACCUCAGGCUGGGACUGGUGAAAACAUAUUAAUGAGUAAUGUGCGGUGUGGAGAAGAAGACGUAGACGUAACUCAAUGCCGAGCAGAGCACACUGUUGCUGGAGACAUGUACGGAGCAUGUACCCAUCAACAGGAUGUAGGUCUGCGUUGCCUUCGGCCAGCGUGGGCUGGUGUGCGCCUGGCACCAACCGCUCGGCGCUCUGACCUUCAGUUUGUUACAAUAGAACAUGCGGGGUUGCUAGACUUCAAUGGACCAACGCUGAAGCCAGGACUGCAAGUGGAUCUAUGGCGCCAUGCAAUGGAGAGCAUCCGGGUGGAGAAUAGUUUGCAGGAUGGCCUUGGUGUCAUUUAUUCUGAUUUGUAUUCAACAGGAGCUGCACGUACUGUGAAGAACAGUGAAUUUCGUGCCAAUCACGGAAAUGGUAUCAGUAUUAGGCAAUUUGGGCUUAAAGUCUCAGGGUGCACCUUAGAGAAGAAUGAUGCAGCAGGCCUUCGGCAUGAACCCGUUGUGUCACUGCAAGAUCGACGUGACCUUGCGGGUUGGCUGAUGCCCCCUCAGCCUCCCCACCCAGACUAUGCACCUAUUGUUUUGCCUGCAGCAGCUCGCACCCACUUGCUGGAAAAUGAUGAAACAAAAGUUUUCGUUACAACAAAGGUGCCAGUUGGUGAUUCUGUGGAUGCAAAUUUUACUAUAAAAGUCUUAGAGGGUUACGUAUUAGGCCUACAGUUGCUGAACAUGCCUUUAGAGCGCAGCACAGAACAUCUAUCUUUGGUGGAUGGACCCAGUCGAGUACUGGCUGCUGAUAUUUUGGAUCUGAGAGAAGACCGCACACACUUUCCCAUGCUGUCAUCGUCAUCAGCCGUUGUUCUCGAGUAUCGAAGUGGUGAAGCCGCUCUGGGAGGAAUGGUCCUGGCAGUGUCAGCUGUGAGGGCGCCAGCUGCCACAGCUGUUAAUCGUCGUGGCCCGCCACCGAUGCUGACAGUUGUUGCCUCACGGAUUCGUCACAAUGCCAAUGGAUUACAUCUAUCAUAUUACAGCAGACUUGUAGGUGAUGCGGGAGAACUGUACUUACGCACAGGAAAUGAAACCAUGGAAGUUAUGUCAAGUGAGGUGACCUUCAAUAAACGUGAAGCUGUUUUGGUUGAUUCUCCAAGGUUCUUGAGGAAUAGUACUGCUGAGCAAACAGAUACAGCACCUUUGGCAGAAGUCAACAUCACCAUUGAUUCAACACUGUUGACUGAUAAUGGAGCAGGAAUACACCAGCAUGGCAAAGACCUAAGAGGCUCGGCAAAUUUAUUCCACUGGCAAGUGAAGGACAGUUCAGUAGAACGCAAUAAAGCUGGUGGUUUUGUUAUUGAGCUGCCAUAUGUAUGGCAAUAUAAUGAAAACUUCACCCAUUCUGUUGUGUUGAUGAACAAUACGUGGCGAAACAACUUUAAUUUUGCUGUUGAAAUUGGAGGUCAUUUUGCCAGGCUGAAUGUAUCCAAGAACGUGUUCCGUGAAAAUGUAUGUCAUGCAAGUGAAGGACUCCUGUCAGUUAGAGGAAUGGAAAAACUUAUGCUGCUGAAUCGUAACCUGAUUGAGGGAAAUCGCUGCCAUUAUCUGGUAGAAUUUGGAGCUAAUAGCCAGUCAGAGAUUUUGGGCACUGUUCCAGCAUUUUUUAUAUUCAAUGAAGUUCGACGAAAUACAGCACCACUGCAGCAGAACACUGAUAGCAACCCAUCGUUUGCUAUUGGAUUCCGUGGGGUGCAGAAGGUACAAGUGAGACGGAAUUUACUUGGGGACAACACAGUGGACUUUGAGCUGGUUGCUGGAGUACAAACUGCUCAUCUGGAAAGUGAAGUGGAUGUGGCAGAGAACUGGUGGGGAACAACAAAUGCUACUGAGAUUCGAGAACGGAUCUUUGAUUUUGACGACUGGAACAACCAUGCUCUUGCUCAUUUUCUACCAUUUCUUACUGAAGACUCACUGGACUCAUCGGUAUCAGUGUCAUGGGAAACACCAGUUCCUGUUGACCCUGACAACCUGCAUGGUCGACUUGAUAAAUCAAUGACGCUGAAUUACAGAGAACAACCAUACAUUGUGCGAUCCGAUCUCACAAUUUUACCACAGGUAACCCUGUCACUAUCUCCAGGUGUGGUGAUUGAAUUUGCACCAAAUGUGGGGAUACUGGUUCUGGGCUCACUUAAGGCAAAUGGUAGACCAGGUCAAGAAGUUAUACUGCGUCCUCUGACACAUCAGGCUUCUUCAGACGUGAAAACUCAGAUGGCUUCUGUGCUGGCACAAGGUCAGCCUACAGUUCGCCUGUGCACAUUGCCAAAUAAUUGCACAGGGGAAGAAAAUAUGCAAGGGUCAAUGCAAGCAAGAACUGCAGAGGGCUUUUUGGAGCGUUAUAAUCGAACAUCACUGCAAUGGGUUCCUAUAUGUGAUCCACAUUUUUGUGAACGUGAUGCACAGGUUGUGUGUCGAGAACUGGGAUUUGACUCUAAUGUGGUGUUUGUCAGUCAUGGAAGACAAUAUAGCUAUCAUGCUGGUUCAGUAGCACACAUCGCUGCCUGGCCUGAACCACUGCAGUGUCGAGGUGAUGAACUUCACUAUGAGGACUGUCGAAUUCAUUUGGAUGGCAGAGCCCCAGGAGCUGCAGAACAUCGCUGUAGCUGGGAUGGUGACUUUGUGUUUCUACACUGUGGUCAGCGUAAUUUGCAGGCAGGCCUGACAUACUGGGGUGGCAUCAGAUUUGCAAAUCCUGAUUUAGAAUGGACUCAUUCACCACGUGAAGAGUCUUAUUUAGAAGGUGUCAAUUUGACUGGUGCAGGCUUGCUACAUGGAGAAUUAUCACCUGCAAUACUUGCCAUUGGUAGAACACCUGCAAUGGCACAUGUCACAGUAGAGAGAUCGGCUUCUGAUGGAAUUUCUUUGAUUGCACCUGCCUCAUCUGCUCGUCUUCAACAUGCUACAGUGAAUAAUGUCCUUGGAGUGGGUGUCACAGUGUUGUCCUUGACUGGAGAGGCCCGAGAUGAAGGUGCAAGUUCCUUCGCUCCACUUGCCGAUGCCUCAUCUCUACCACGACAUCUUUUUGGUGCUAUUGAUGUCUGUGGACCAGACAAGCAUAUCACAGUGGAAGAGCGUGUACUUGUAUACUUCAAGUACGACAACAGACCAGUCAGUUGUGUUAAGGUCUUUUCCAGUGUUUACUACUCAAAACCGUUUGGUUUCAGGUUUUUGGAGCUGAAUUUACAAAAUGGAUCUGUGGUCCGGCCCGACUCUCUGACUCUUUUUGAGGGAUAUGUUAAUGGAACUGCACCAUUAGCAACUUUGUUGGCUACAAUGGAGCCCUCAACGUGGCGUCAUUUGUAUCGCACCAGAGGAGCUGUUCUAGGGUUGCACAUGAUAUCAGCAGGUGGUGGAGGCGACUAUGGAUUCAUUGCUGAAAUUAUCACAUUGCCAGUUUCAGCAGUUGGUUUUGACCGUGAUGCACAGCACAACAUAACAGGAUCAGUUUUGGCAGGCUGCCGAUUAGGAGCAAUACGUUACCAGAGUGCUGGUGAAGUCAAUCCACUUCUGGCAAUAGACAAGUGUCGUAUUCUGAACAAUUGCUUGCAACUUUAUGGGAAUUUCUCUACUUGUCAGUCUGCUGUUGAAAUUGAUGUGCAAAAUAUGGAAGGCCUAUAUUUUAAGAACAAUGCAGUCCUUGGCAAUGUGGGUGGCCUGUCAGUUAGUGCAGACUCUCGUGGCUCUGCAACAGCACUGCGUGGUUUUGUGGGUCACAACGCCUUUGCACACAACAAGCAACAACCAACUCUGAGAGCGGAGGGCAGGCAGAGUAGUCCGUACCAGCAACUCACAAUUUAUAGAAACUAUUUUUCCCGUAAUGAAGUGCCUUAUAGGGAUUUCAUCCUUCUCCGCCAGGUUGUGACAAACUUCUCAUAUAACUUUGUGCAAAAUAAUAUUGGCUGUCAUAUAUUAGAAGUGUCUGGUUUUGAGAAGGUCCGACUUCCAAUUUAUCAGAUAACAUACAAUAACAGCUUUUAUUGGAAUGCUGCUACAAAACGAGAAUCAAGAAGUACAGUUGUUGCUGCAACUGCUGGACAGCAUUACAUCGACAAUGUAUUCUGGAAUCCUGACAAUGAUUACGAGCUUAUUACUGUUAACAGAUCAUUAACAAGUGAUGUACAAGAUUUUCCUGGAGACAUACGUCCCAACAACUGGUGGGAAGCACCGAUUGAUGCUCGUUAUAAUUGGUGGGGAACAAAUGUGAGUGCAGCUGUCAGUGCUCGUAUCAAGGACAUCCAGGAUGACCCGCAGCUGAUACAGGUUGACUACCAGCCCUUCUACACCAGUAAUACGAGCCUUCUGGGUGGUGGCAAGUGUCCUCCAGGAUGGGGGCUGCAUGCAACAACAUGCCUUGCAUAUAUUGGAGCCCCACUCACAUUCCAGGAGGCUCGCUCAUUCUGCAAGCUGCUGAAUGCUUCCAUGCCCUAUAUUUCGGGCGACUACUUUUCAUUGUACCAAUUCAUAAGAUCACAGCAGCCAACGUUCCAGUACUAUGACAGAGCAUGGGUGCAGCAUCUUGACAGCAUUGGAAAAUGCACAGUUUUUGCCUUCCAGCGUGUGACAGUAGAUGACUGUGAUUAUUCCAGUCCGUUUCUUUGUGAGAUCGAUCCAAAGGUUCAUGUAGACCCUUUAAGCUGGCGACGUGAUGCACUAGCUGUAUCUGUCCUGGGUGCUGUGUGUGUAGCAUUGCUGUUGGUAAUGCUGGCAGCUGCAUGCUGGUGGGCCAAAUCUCGCCAUCGCCGGGUCGAACGCCUGGAACGUCGCAACUCCAUCCGGCAGUCUCUUAGGUCCUUACGAUCUGUUGGCAUGUCCUCCACUACUGAGCUUGAUCCAAGACCAGCCAUUGUUCCUGCAGCUGAAUAUCACAAGAUGCAAGAAGACAGUGGCAGCCUCGAUUCUGUUGAAAAAUCUCGACUAGAGUCUUCAGUUGAUGACUCACGCAGUUACAGUUAUGACAUUUAUGAAGCUAGCAAUCCUAGCCUUGCAUUCCUAAAUCACUCAAAUAAUGGCCCCGGUGGCCUCAUGUACCGUAAUGAAGGCUUCCAUGACAGAUCACUACCUCCUUUCCGGGCAGCAGACCAUGACUCGGACUCCAGUGGCUUUCCCCUGUCAACACCAGAGCCCCUGCCCCGACAAGAUCCACAGCUUGUGACACUAUCACAGCCAAAACUGACACCAGUGUCAGAGCUACAUUCACUGCCAUAUUCAGAAACAGCAACUUUACCACUUUCACGUUCACCGACCUUACCAUUAUCAGAAGUGCACAGCACACAGCCGGCUAAUACAGAACAAUUACCCUUACCACAUACACAGUCUCUUCCACUGGAACCUGUAAAAGUACUGCCUAUUUCAGAACCACGCCCUCUGCCAUUACACACGCAAACUCUACCACUGCCACAUACAUACACAGUCCAGCCAACUCCUCUACUUCUUGAAACAGAUUUAGAUGCAGUCUUGCCACCACCACCACCGCGUUCACGCAGUGAGGCUGCACUCCUUGAAGAAGUGCCACAGUACACAGAAUCGCUGGCACGCGCCCACAGCCAGCCACUGGAGACGGCAAUGUGAAGACAUGUUCAGCAAGAAUAUUCAGCAAUGGUUUCUUCUUCUUCAUGAAAAUGGGUGUUUGUCCCACAAGUGAAAAAUAGUGUGCCUACUUCUCUCUCUUUCUUCAGGAUUUCAUAUCACUGCCAUGUGUACUUCCAUAUGUUCUACAUCAUUGCCUUUAGUUUUUUAACUUGGUUGUUCAUGGUCAUGUAUAUCAGUACCUAGCCUGAACAACCAUUUGUGUUUAUAAGUACACAAAUAUGUUUAAUACAGAUUGAGAGAGAGACUGAAAUUUAUAAAUGAUAUACAGAGGUUUUCCAGAAUUUCAGAAAGCGCACCAGAGGAGGUUAUGUUCCCUUGCUAGUCAUCAUAGCUGAUAUUCUUGUGUAAUAAGGUAACAUUUUGCUCACACUGGUAUUGUGCUUGGUGGACUCCACAAUUUUUUCAGCUUCUGUUGUGAAUGUGAUUAAUUGAUAGAUUUUUAAUGAAUGAGUUUUGAGAAGACUGUAUCAGAUCACCGUGAUUACUGUGUAAAUACUCUAAAUGCGUAUUUAGAAGGAGAACAGUGAUGUGAGACAGCUUUCUGUUACAACAUAUGUUGUUGAUGGAGGAUCAUACUUUUUUAAAUUAAAAUUAUUUUCAUAUACUUAUGUACCAAAGAACAUCUAUUGUAAGCCAACUAUCUUGGCUUUUACAAAUAUAAUAUUUUACAUGCUCAGUCCCUUUAUUGUAAGGCAAGAAAUCAGAAAAUCGUUUAAUAUACUUUAUAUUAAAGUGGAAAUAAUUGUAACUGUCUCCUGACUAGUGAUUAUCAGGAAAGACAUGAUUUUUUAUUAUGUCAAUAGUAUUAGUUAAUAGUGGCUAAUGUGGAAUUCUAUGCUACAACUGUGACAUGCAAUAUAAAAUUAAUUUUGCAUGAAGUGGAAGUUCUAAUGAAUACAAAUUUAAUGAAAUUGUCCUUGCAUGGAAGUACCCAUACAACAAGUGUUUUCUGUGUUCAAGAACUUUUAAUGACGAUUUAACUGGACAACAUUUAAAAAUAAAGUACACCUGGAAAGGAGAAACUACAUUGAUCAUCAAGUAAGAAAUAUAUGUUUCUCGUGUGAUUUCAAUUGUUAUGAAAGAAAUAUAUUUUUCUAAUGUGAUUUCAAUUCUGUCCAUAUUUUCAGUUAAACUUACUACAGGCUUUAUCAGUAUUCUUGUAAUGCAGUAGAAAGGACUGUGAUAAUAUUUACAUGUCUAUUGAUGUAGUAUUCCUAAUGUAACAUCACAAGUGUUUGUGUGUAAAUGAUUAGUUGUUAAGAAUAUAACAGAGGGAAACAUUCCACGUGGAAAAAAUAUAUAUCUAAAAAGAAAGAUGAUGAGACUUACCAAACAAAAGCGCUGGCAGGUCGAUAGACACACAAACAAAC